GGACUCAACUUUGAACCAAGAGUUGUUGUUUUUUUUUUAAUCCUUCUGGCAGCGCUGUUAGAUUUUUGAGGUUUUUGUGUAUAUGUGUGUUUUUUGGAUUUACAAUCAUGGGAAACGCAGCAGGAAGCAUCGAGGCUUCCCAGGGCAAGGAUGGGAAGGCGGCGGCCCCGGGGUCCACCGGGCCGGCCGGGGCCAAACUCCCGAUGCCACCUGAGGAAGAGCUGGAGGAGCGAUUCAGCGCCGUUCUGAACACGAUGAACCUUCCUCCAGACAAGGUGAAGAUCCUCAGUCAGUACGACAACGAGAAGAAGUGGGACCUGAUCUGUGACCAGGAGCGAUUUCAAGUGAAGAACCCGCCGUCGGCCUAUUUGGACAAACUGAGGAGCUACGUGGAUCACGGAGGAGUCAGUCGGAAGUUUAAGAGACGCGUCCAGGAGUCGACCCAGAUCCUGAGAGAGCUGGAGAUCUCCCUGAGGACCAAUCACAUCGGCUGGGCUCAGGAGUUCCUGAACGAGGAGAACCAGGGUUUGGACGUUCUUGUGGAUUAUUUGUCUGUCGCCCACAGCGCUGUCACGUAUGACGUGGACGCUCUGGAGAACGGGACGCUGCCCACGGAAAAGGGCAAAAACGUGGAUAAGUCAGUGGAGGAUCUGAGCAGAAGUGCCAGUAACUCACCUACUCACAGUGCCUCGAAGGCCAGCAAGGCCUUCACAGUCAGAAAAGCCCUGAGGAGCUCUCGAGUCGUGAGCCAGAAGGACGACGUUCAUCUCUGCAUCAUGUGUUUACGUGCCAUCAUGAACUACCAGUCGGGGUUCAACCAGGUGAUGAAACAUCCCUGCUGUGUCAACGAGAUCACGCUGAGCCUCCACGACAGAAACCCCAGGACCAAAGCUCUGGUGCUGGAGCUGCUGGCGGCCGUCUGCUUGGUCAGAGGAGGUCAUGACAUCAUCCUCUCCGCCUUCGACAACUUCAAGGAGGUUUGUGGAGAGAAAAGCAGGUUCGAGAAGCUCAUGGAAUAUUUCCGCAAUGAAGACAGCAACAUCGACUUCAUGGUGGCCUGCAUGCAGUUCAUCAACAUCGUGGUUCACUCAGUAGAAAACAUGAACUUCAGAGUUCACCUGCAGCACGAGUUCACUCAGCACGGACUGGACGACUACCUGGAGAAGCUGAAGUUCACAGAGAGCGACAGGCUGCUGGUGCAGAUUCAGGCCUACCUGGACAAUGUGUUCGACGUCGGGGCUCUACUGGAGGACGCAGAAACCAAGAACGCUCUGCUGGAACACAUGGAGGAGCUGCAGGAACACAACACACAGCUGAACAGCAGACUUCAGGAGAGCGAGAGGGAGGCGAUGGAGAAAGUGUCCGACUUGGAGAAGAAGCUCAUUCAGACCACCAAAGAAGUGGAGCUGCUCAAGGAGAGCCUCCGAGAGUCGUGUUCUCAGGUGACUCUGCUGCAGCAGCGAGAACGAGAGCGAGAGCUGGAACAUGAGCGGGAGAAGGAGAGAGAGAGGGACCAGGCCCGGUCCACCCAGAACCUGAAGGAGCUGGAGGUCCAGGUCCAGGCUCUGGUGGAGCAGGGCCUGGUCCGGAUGGAGAGGUCCUCCUCCGGACGCCUCCACGUCCAGGUGGUGCAGCAGAAAGGAGCUGGAGACGAACCUGAUUCAGGGAACAACCGUGAAGCAGCUCGAACCUCCUCACAGUCCACAACUGAAGCUUCUCCACAGUCAGUGAUGGUUCCAGCUCCUCCUCCUCCUCCUCCUCCUCCUCCUCCAGCCUCAGCUGUAGCUCCACCUCCUCCUCCUCCUCCACCUCCUCCUCCAGCAGCUCCACCUCCCCCGCUGCCUCCUGCAGGUGGUACGACCCAGCUGUCAGCCGAGGGGACGGGUGGGAGUUCAGCUUGUAAAAAGAAGAAGCCCAUUCAGACCAAAUACCGGAUGCCGCUGUUCAACUGGCAGGCCCUCAAGUCCAACCAGGUGGCAGGAACCAUCUUCAACGAGCUGGACGACGAACACGUCUUAGAGGAGCUGAACAUGGCGGCCUUUGAGGAGCAGUUUAAGACCAAAGCUCAGUCCACCCCCGUCGAUCUGGGGACCCUGAAGAUGAAGAUGGCCCACAAGACUCCCAGCAAAGUGUCUCUCAUGGAGCCCAACCGGGCCAAGAACCUGGCCAUCACCCUGCGUAAGGAAGGAAUGGCUGCCUCGGACAUCUGCUGCGCCAUCGAGACGUACAACCAGAAAGCCCUGAGCCUGGACUUCCUGGAGCUCCUGGAGCGCUUCAUCCCCACCGAGUACGAGACGAAGCUGAUCCACGGCUACGAGUGCGACGGCCGGAACCUGGACGAGCUCAGCGAGGAGGACCGCUUCAUGGUCCGGUUCAGCAAGAUCCCGCGACUGUCGCAGCGCAUCAGCACGCUCACCUUCAUGGGCAACUUCCCCGAGAGCGUCCAGCUCAUCCAGCCGCAACUGAACGCCAUCAUCGCCGCCUCGAUGUCGCUCAAAUCUUCCAGCAAGUUGAAGAAAAUUCUGGAGAUCAUCUUGGCAUUUGGAAACUACAUGAACAGCAGCAAGCGAGGAGCAGCGUACGGCUUCCGCCUGCAGAGUCUGGACUUGCUGUUGGACACUAAAUCUACGGACCGCAGGCAGACUUUGCUGCACUUUAUCGUCGGCAUCAUCCAGGAGAAAUACCCGGAGCUGCAGUCCUUCUACACCGAGCUGCACUUCCUGGACAAGGCGGCGCUGGUUUCCGUGGACAGCAUCCUGCAGGACGUCCGCGCUCUGGAGAGAGGCAUGGAGGUGACGAGGAGGGAGCUGUCGGUGGAAAAAGAAAACCCGGUUCUGCAGAGGUUCAUCAGCAGCAACACCGAGCUGCUCGGCUCGCUCAUCGCCGACGGGAAGACGGCGCAGGACGUGUAUGACUCAGCGGUGGACUACUUCGGGGAGAACUCUAAAACCACGCCGCCCUCCAUGUUCUUCCCUGUUUUUGUCAGAUUCAUCAAAGCGUACAAGCAAGCCGAGCAGGACAUCGAGCAGAGGAAGAGACACGUCCUGAACUGUGAAGCUCCGUCGACUCCUCCCAAACCUGAAGUCACAGGGAACAAGGCUCCGGCGACGUCCAAACUGCCUCAGAUGGAUCUGAUAGCGGAGCUGAAGAAGAGGCAGGUUUCUCCUCUGGUGAGGGAGGGGAAGGACGGAGCCAUCGAGGACAUCAUCACAGAUCUGAGGAACCAGCCGUACAGACGGACGGACGGCGGCCGGCGGAGCGCCAAAUGGAAACCAGGGCAGCAGCUGCAGGUUUCCUCGGACAUCUCGCUGUGACAAGACGACGAGCUUCACAAGCACAAGACGUUCAACUCUGCGGCUCUGAUGCAUGCGGACGAAUGCAGAGGCGCAAAUGCAUGAAACCAGAUCACACCUGCAGCACAACGAGGCCCAAACAUCCGCCUCAGCUCGCUCCAACUCCACCAGAGACUCUCUGAGCAAACUGAUCGUAGACGUUCUGUGAUUUGAAUAAUCGAAUGUUAAAGAGAGAAUUACUAGCAGCCAAUGACGCUGGAUGUCACACGAGCUAAUCGAGACAAUUACACGGAGGAUGGCGAGCUAACGAGAGUCCUUCAUUAAGGCGACUGCUCGUGAAUCAGUUUGAUAGUUUUCUUAAAAAGGCUCGAGACGUGAUUUUUUAAUUGGUGUUAAUUUAGAACAUGAAUUGCCACUGCCCGUCCGUCGGUCUCCUGUAGAGCUGCUCAACGAUUACGCUGAAGAUUUGUAAUAUAUUUAAAUUAUUUUUAAUACUGGAGUGUAACAGCGACGCACUUCUACUUUGCUUCUGCAUUUCAACAAAUAAAGCAUUUUAUACCGUC